AUGGAUAAAAGUUGGAUGCUGCUAGGGAGGGAGGACCCUCUUUAUAUAAUGGGAAUCUAUAAUUUUGUGAACUAUGCAAGAAACCAGGGUAAUGGAGCUGAAUGGUACAAGUGUUCGUGUAGAAUGUGUUGCUGCAACGAGUAUGUAACUGAUUCAGUUAUGUAUCAGCACUUAUCACAUUAUGGUAUGUGGCAGAGUUAUACAACAUGGACAGACCAUGGUGAAGUAGCUACUUAUCCUACCCCAGUUGAAUUCCAAGCAAGUUACAGUCAUCAGGCUGGGACAUCUAGUGGUAUUGGCGGCCUUUCUAUGGACCCCACUAUGAACAUGCUAGUUGAUAAUUUUCCAUAUGUUUCGAGAUAUGAUCAAGCUGAGGAAUUUGAUGUACCCAUUGACACUAGUGAUUUUGAUAAGUAUAAGAGGUUGCUCACGCAAGCGCAAACCCCAUUGUAUCCUGGUUGUUCAGAGACUGUUUUGAGUGCCUUGAUGUCACAAAUGCAGUUAAAAGUGAGGCAUAAAUGGUCGAAUGUCAGUUAUGAUGAAAUUUUUCAGUAUAUUAAGCGUUUGUUGCCCCCAGAAAACUUACUUCCUGACAUUUAUUAUAAGACAAAAAAGAUUCUUGAUGGCCUCGGCCUUGAGUAUGUGAAAAUAGACGCAUGCAAAUAUAACUGUGAAUUGUUUUAUGGAGAUUAUAAAGAUUAUGAUGAAUGUCCGGUUUGCAAUGAAUCUCGAUGGAAACCAUCAUCUCUGUAUCAAAGGAAAAAUGUCCCUAUGAAGGUGCUUCGUUAUUUCCCAUUGACACCUAGGCUGCAACGUUUAUACAUGGCCUCGCACACUGCAGAGGCGAUGAGAUGGCAUGGGAGGGCAAGGGAUGAUGAUGAUGAUGAUGUUCUCAAACACCCUUCUGAUGGUGAGGCUUGGAAACAUUUUGAUAGACAGUUUCCUGAUUUUGCAGCAGAUGUUCGAAAUGUAAGGCUCGGACUCAGCACAGACGGAUUCAAUCCUUGGGGAAACAUGAGCUCUACUCAUAGUACUUGGCCAGUUAUUGUUGUGCCAUACAAUUUGCCUCCUUGGAUGUGUAUGAAGAAGGAAUUCAAUAUACUGACUUUGUUGAUCCCAGGUCCCAAGUCCCCGGGAAAGUGUCUAGAUGUGUACUUGAGACCAUUGAUUGAUGAGGUGAAAGAUCUAAGGAAUAAUGGAAAGGCAACUUUUGACAGGCAUAGUCAGUCUUCAUUCAGAAUGAGAGCAGCAACUAUGUGGACUAUCAGUGAUUUUCCUGCUUACGGGAUGUUGUCUUCUCAAACCACGCACGGAUACAAAGCUUGUCCUAUCUGCUUGGACAAUGUUAAUUCUAGUUGGCAUGCUGGUAAGUUUGAUGCGUCUGCAUUCGAUGGUACUGAAGAGUGGGAUACACAGCCCCAGAAAUGGUCUGGAGAUGAAGUUUUGGACAAGAUGAACUCUUUCGAUUUCGGACCGCUUAGCGGUAAUCCUAAUAUAUAUAAAAAAACAAAACGCCCAAAGCAUCUUGCGUGUUGGCAGCAUAAGAGUAUAUUUUUUGAAUUGCCUUAUUGGUUAAAAUCGAUACAUAGAAACAGCUUAGAUGUCAUGCACAUAGAGAAGAAUGUAAGCGACAGCGUUGUGGGAACAACUCUGGAUCUUAAAGAUAAGACAAAAGAUAAUAUCAAAGCUCGGGUGGAUUUGGAAAAGAUGGGCUUGCGUGAACACUUGUGGUUAAAAAAGACGGGGACAAAAGUGGAAAUGCCUAUUGCACCUUACGAGGUGAAGCCAUCUUUAAAACCUUGGGUUUUCAAGUGGUUUCAUGAUGUUAAAUAUCCUCAAGGGUAUGCAGCAAAUAUAGCGCGAUGUGUUAAGGUGGAGGAACAAAAGAUAAUUGGGUUGAAGACUCAUGACAGUCAUGUUUUAAUGCAACGACUUCUUCCAGUGGUAAUUAGACCAUAUCUGCAUUCUGAUGUAGUAGAGCCAUUAGUAGCCUUGUCCAACUGGUGGCAAAAGUUAUGCACUAGAGAAGUGAAGAAGUCAGAUCUCUUAAAAUUGAAAGAAGAGAUUGUAUACAUCCUUUGCAAAUUAGAGAGGAUUUUUCCCCCUGCCUUUUUUGAUAUCAUGGUUCACCUCAUGGUCCACCUUCCCGACCAAGUUCUGCUUACUGGCCCAGUACACUAUACCUGGAUAUUUCCCAUAGAAAGACAACUUGGGGUUUAUAAAGGUUAUGUCAGAAAUCGAGCGAACCCAGAAGGUUCCAUUACAACUGCGUACAUUUCACACGAGUGUGUAACCUACUGCAAUAUGUAUCUCCAUGAUAUAGAUGACACAGAGUCACGUGCUGCCUCCAAUGAACCUACAUUUAACCUUUCAGUUGUUUCAAAAGAUGUAAGAAUGUAUGGUAACUUACCACAGUCAGAAACUCUUAGCCAAUAUGAACUGAUUGAGGCCUAUUGGAGCGUACUGCAAUAUUGUGAUGAAGUUCAAGAUUUUAUGGAGUAUCAUUUGAAACAACUUGAGGAUAAUGGUGACGAUCACCCAGAAGAGACGCACAAGAGAUCAUUUCCUAAAUAUUUCAAGAAAUGGAUGAGAAAGUUGCAACGAGAAAACAGUCAGUUGUACUCCCCGCAGAUGCAACAUUUGGCCAAUCAAGGGAAGAAGACACAAAACUGUGGCUUCAUGGUAGAGGAUAAGAAUGGAGGACCACCAUACUAUGGGGUCCUUGUUUAUGUUAUUGAACUACUGUAUGGAUCUCAAGAAGACUUCAUUAAUGAUGAAGAUGAAAAUGAAGAUGAGGAUGAAGAUGAGGAUGAGGACGCUGAUGAGGAUUAUGAAGAAAAUGAUUGA